AUGAACGGUGAUAUUAAACUAAUACUUUCUUUGAUCAAUAGAAUUAGUCGCAAGUUACCUUGUAAUAGCGGCAAAAAAUUAGAAAUUUUGGAACAAGAUCCACUUAUUCUACAGACUGUUAAUGCCAUCGUAGAAUUAUCACGAUUUAGACUUGGUACAAUAGCCGAGAAUCUUACUCAACUUUUGGAUACUGUUUCGCGG